GUCCUGAGACACCACCAGAGAGCGGUGCACAAUGUCAACUGCAGGAGUUGCUGCUCAGGAGAUGAGAGUCCCAUUAAAAACUGGAUUUCUUCACACUAGUCAAGGCAUGGGGAGUCUGAAAACCUGCUGGGGUAGCCACAGUGGAUUUGAAAAUACUUUCUUUAAUGUGGACCCUAUAGCAGUGGCAUAUAAUUUGAAUCCAUCAACAGAGCAACAUUUACCAUCCAUUGGGCAUUCUUCCAACCACGCUUCCAUGAAUGACCACGGCUUUGCUGAAAGUUGCAUCCAAGUCCCAUCUCAGAAAUCCAGUCCACCUCCUAUAAGUCCCAAAAAUGAACAGCCGAUUUCAAGAUGUGAAGACCAUCUCGUUCCUGGCUUUAGUAAACUGUCAUUAACCAUGGGUUGUGCUUCUGAAGAAACACCUCAUCACAUGCCAGUAAAAAAUGGGCCAAUUCAAUUUCUGUCUGCAUCUUCCAAUGACCGUAGCUCCAGGCCACUGCCCCCUCUGCCUAUUUCUGAAGACCUUAUUCCAGAUGAGGUUGACAGAGAGGUAGAAUUCCUGACUAGCUCAGAUACUGACUUUUUGUUAGAAGAUCAUGAACUUCCGCCUUUUAAAUCCAGUGCUCCAAGCCGGCGGAGCUUUAGGGGCUGUGGACAAAUCAAUUAUGCAUACUUAGAUACUCCAACAGGACCAAAACCAGAAGAUGCCAACCCUACACAAAGCCUAAAUGGAUACAUAUCCAGUAUUUAUCCUCCUCCUCCGCAGCAGCUGCAUCGACGUUUGAGAAGGUCCCAUUCCGGGCCAGCUGGAUCUCUUAAUAAACCAGUAGUAAGACUGUCUGGACACUUAAACAGGUCUUCUCCAAACUCUGAUGAAGAUAAACCGGAGAUUCCACCAAGGGUUCCCAUACCUCCAAGGGCUCUCAAACCAGAUUACAGAAGGUGGUCAGCAGAAGUUGCUUGUAGUGCAUACAGUGAUGAAGACAGGCCUCCAAAAGUGCCCCCAAGAGAACCUUUGUCACGCAGCAAUUCCCGUACGCCAAGUCCCAAAAGUCUGCCAUCAUACCUCAAUGGGGUUAUGCCCCCUACCCAGAGUUUUGCACCUGAUCCUAAGUACGUCAGCAGCAAAGCUCUACAAAGACAAAAUAGUGAAGGAUCUUCCAACAGGGUCCCUUGCAUUCUUCCGAUUAUUGAAAAUGGUAAGAAGGCCAGUUCAACGCACUACUAUCUGCUGCCUGAAAGGCCUCCAUAUUUGGACAAGUAUGAGAAAUUCUUCAGAGAAGCAGAAGAAAGUAACUCUAACACAGAUGUUCAGUCCUGGUCUGGUGACUGCACAGCCACUUCAGCCCCAACAAAGCUGGACUCAAAACCUAGAAUGGACAUAGCUGGUCAUCUGAAACGAAAACACCUGUCUUACGUGGUUUCCCCCUAGUCUCUGGGAGCACUGUCUCAGCUCAAUUGUUCAGGAUGGAGCUGAACUUUAUCACAUUACAAAGUUCUUAAGGUUCUCAGAUAAUGAAGUAGGACCAGUUUGUCCUUCGAGAACUGGAAAGUAGAUGGUAAAGUCCUCUUACGCUGCAUCUCUGAUAUGUUUCUUAAGACUGUUUUUUGUCUUGGUAUGUAGAGCUGAAAACCUACAAAGAUUCCAUAGAAACAUAUGGAGGGAUAGUAGUCACAGUUGGCCAGUCAUAUGCUACCGAGAUGAACGUAUUUGGUAGUCACAUUAUCAAAAAAAAAAAUCUAGCUUUGCUUACAAGUCACUUACAAAGCUGACAACAGAGCAGAUAAUGCAGUACAGUUUUUGUAUCAGGCAUUUCCAAAAUUUCUUUCACACAGUAACUCUGCUGAGAACAGACUCUAUCCUCUUUGACUAGGAUAUGCCAACCUAGUAAGAAGGUAACUGCAAGAUCUGAUAUCUGCUUCAGGACUUGGCAAGCAUAUUGGAAGCAUGUUUCGAAAGAUGAAUCUAUUUUACAACUUAAUUUGACACUAACAGACUUUUAAAGUGAGUUAGGUUUUGUGGAUUCUGUCAGUUGCUAGACACACUUGGCUCAAUCUUGCAGUGUUUCAUAGGAGAGACUUGGACCAGCUAUU